CUUGAUUCUGCAAUGAACCAAGAUUAAAGAGCGAUCAACACAAUUCGCAAUGAUUUCUCAUGAUAUGCCAACAGUGCCCUUGCCAAAGCAAGCAGAUCAAGGAGAAGGACUUGACUUGGUACCGUUGGGUGGCGAGCUUUUUCUACCACCAAGGGCAGACGUGGCAAGCAAAGAAGGUGUCGAGGCGAUGCCAGCAGAUUUUGUGGAGCUUGCUGCUGCAGGGGAUUUCUCUGCAUGCGGGUCCGCCCUUUUGCAGGAGCUUAAGAGUACGCAUGAGAGUGAUUUGCUGCCGCUUCUUGUUGGAGUUCUAGGACACAUUGGGGCAAUAGAGUUUGCCGAUAGAGGGCGUCAACGGCAGAGGCGACGUGGUGCUUUUUCCAAGUCCGUUGACGACGGAGAAAAUGUGAAGGUUGUAGAUGAUCCGUUUGAAGCCUUCAGACAGUUGCGCCGUGCUGCCUUCUCUUCUGAUGCCAAAGUCUUGCUACGCCACGAGCUAGGAGACAGGCUUGAGGUGAACAGCACAGACCAGGUUGGAUCAGAGAUGCUUAGAUUCGGAUUUGCGGAGGGAAGGAUCUUUGACGACAUGAGGCAGGCUUUCAGUGAGGAACAUGCACAGGACCACAUCUUUUGUGACGAGCCUUGCGGGUUUUAGCGGGCGUUUCGCCAAGAGAGCGGAGUUCAGCCACUUUGCCAAAGGUCGAGAGCGGGCGCUUCAAUCCUUCUCCGGUUUGUUUGUUUGUUUGUUUGUUUCAGUGUCCGACAGUUUUACAGUUUUGACACGCCUUCACCAGCUGUUGUUGUA